AUGACUACGGUGAUUGAUGUGGAAAAUUAUGUUGAAUUUGGUAAGAUGUAUAAAAAGAAGUGCGCUGACCUGAAAAUAUGUGUGGAUGAUGGAAUAAUUGGCAUGAUUAACUAUAUGAAAUCCAUUGACACUGAUGUGUAUGAGUUCAUGAUAGCUGAAUUGAAAGAUUGCCUGAAGAAGUGUGAAAUAUUCACCGAAAUGUAA